AUGUCAAAACCCCACCUGCCGAACGACGAGUUCUUCUCCUUUUUAGAAUCCCUCCUCACGAAACAAUCUGGUUCGUCCCGCGGCUCAAUAUUCCUCACACAAAAGCGCUUCCCAUCUCCGGUCACAAAAGGAGAAUCACAACCGGCAGAGUCGGAAACACCAGCUUCAAGCCCACCCUUGAUCCUAAUUCGAGCAUCGAAUGGAAAACACAAGGAUACGAAAGUCAAGGCGUCAACCGUUGUCAAGCCAGAGGAGAUAGAGGCAUUCUAUCGUCGAUAUGCGGAGACAUGUAAGGCUGGAAUGGUCGGCCUGAAGAAGAGAGAUCGAAGUGCGAAGAAGAAAGGAAAAGCCAAAGGAAAGAAAUAG